AUGCCAGCCCACAAGGAAGGGCACCGAGCACCGCUGCCGACCCCUGGCCACCCGCCACAGCCCUCGUCGUCGUCCAAGAAGCCCACGGUCGUCGGAGAGUACGAGAUCCUCUCUACCCUCGGCACCGGCUCGUUUGGCAAGGUCAAGCUCGCACGACACGUCAAGACGGGCCUCAAGGUCGCCCUCAAGUUCAUCAGCAAGCGCAAGAUCUCGACCGCCGAGAUGUCCAACCGAGUUCAUCGCGAGAUCCAGUACCUCUCGCUCCUGCGGCAUCCCCACAUCAUCAAGCUCUACGACGUCAUCUCGACCCCGUCCGACAUCGUCAUGGUCAUCGAGUACCUCUCGGGCGAGCUGUUCGACUAUAUCGUGCGGCGAGGCAAGAUGCCCGAGGACGAGGCGCGCCGCUUCUUCCAGCAGAUCAUGAGCGCCCUCGACUACUGCCACUCGCACAACAUUGUGCACCGCGACCUCAAGCCUGAAAACCUGCUCCUUGACGAGAACCUGAACGUCAAGAUCGCCGACUUUGGCCUGUCCAACAUCAUGCGCGACGGCGACUUUCUCAAGACGUCGUGCGGUUCGCCCAACUAUGCCGCGCCCGAGGUCAUCAGCGGCAAACUCUACGCCGGCCCCGAGAUCGACAUCUGGUCGUGCGGCGUGAUCCUGUACGUCAUGCUGUGCGGCCGCCUGCCGUUCGACGACGACCACAUCCCGCUCCUGUUCAAGAAGAUCAACGGCGGCAUCUUCUCGCUCCCACCCUUCCUGUCGGCCGAGGCGCGGUCGCUCCUGUCGCGCAUGCUCACAGUCGACUCGAACAAGCGCAUCAAGCUGCACGAGCUGCGCCAGCUGCCCUGGUUCCAGAAGGACCUCCCGUCGUACCUGUUCCCGCCCCUGUCGGCGCCGUACGAGGGGCAGGACGAGAAGCAUUCGUACGAGCACGUCGAGCACCCGCGCUCGGUCGAUGGCAGCGAGCCAAAGACGCCGACGGGCAACGAGCCGGGCGCCAUGGGCCCGCUCACGCCGAGCACGCUCGCCGGCGGCCAGAGCGACGGCACGCGCACGCCCGUCGCCGAGAAGGACCCGAUCGCGGCAUUCGCGUCGGCGAGCGUCGGACGAGGCGCUGCGCUCGCGCUGAGCGGCAUGGGCCUCGUUGGCGGCGGCGGCGCAGGUGCGGCGCAGGACGGUCGGCGCCGCGAGUGGGUCGACGGCCUCGGCGUCGUCGACCAGGAGAUCGUCGACGACCUGUGCAGCAAGAUUGCCGACCUCAAGAGCGACGACGUGUGGAGCAAGCUCAAGGAGGGCGGCGACCGCGAGCUUCGGAUCGCGUACCAGCUGUGCCGCGACAACAAGCGCAUGGUCGAGGGCUCGCACUGGGAGGACGCCGAGGCGAUCCAGAGCUUCUACGCGCCGCCGGGCGACCCCCGCAACCGCAAGCCGACGAUGCGCAAGAAGCCCGCCGCCGACUCGGACCCGUCCACGCCGACCAUCGACUCUCGCGCACCGCCCUCGGCGCCGACCACGAUCCGCGUCCUCGAGACGUCGCUCCGGCGCCCGCUCGACGACGAUCCCGAGCUCGCUGCGGCCCUGAGCGCCCCGAGCCGGCCCCUCCUGCACCGGUUCAACUCGCCGCUGCGCAGCGGCGCGCAGCCGCUCACGCCGACGACGAGCCUGACGCCCGCAGCCGGCGCGGCGGGCGACGCCGCUCAGCAGCAGCAGCAGCAGCAACAGGGCCAGGGCGGGACCAACAUGGCCGUCACGUCGGCGUCGGUGCCGCAGGUGUCGGUGCAGCAGCACAGCUCGACGACGUCGACGACCAAGCGGCUGCGCCAGCGGUGGCACUUUGGGAUACGGUCGCGCAGCGAGCCGAUGGAGGUCAUGCUCGAGAUCUACCGCACGCUCAAGGCGCUCAAGAUGGAGUGGCGCGUGCGGCGCGAGGCGGGAGAAGGCGACGAGGGCGCGGGCGGUCCGUGCGGCGAGGGCAAGAAGGACGAGGGCUCGAGCAGGGCCGAGGAGAAGGAGAGCGAGAAGAGGCGCAGGCGGAGGGAGGAGGAGGAGCGCAUCAAGAAGGCGCACGAGCUCUACUUUGUCGAGACGAGGUGCCGCAUGGACGACGUCAUGGUGCGCAUGGACCUGCAGCUGUACCGCAUCGACGACCAGAACUACCUGGUGGACUUCCGCAACCUCGGGUACCGCCCUCUGCGGCCCUCGUCCGGCGCGAUCGGCUCCCUGUCCAACCUGUCGGCUCCGCCGCGCUCGAGCGACGUGUCGCCAACCGGGUCCAACAUCGUCUCGCCGACCGGGUCGACCAUGACGUCGCCCUACCUCGGCACGGCCGAGCUCCCGUCGCUCACUGGCGCCGCAUCGGCUUCGGCCCUGCCCGGUACCCCGGCCCUCUCGUCGUCGGUCCCGCACAGCAACACGGCCGACGAGCUGCGCGCGCGCAAGCCUGAGCUCCUCGGCUCGCGCGUCGCGUCGUCGAGCGGCGCAGGGGGUGCGAGCGCCCCGGCGCAGGGCAAGCGCCGUACGGCGGCCGAGGUGUCGAGCCCGUACCUGUUCCUCGAGUGCGCCGUGAGGCUCAUCGUCGAGCUGGCGAGCCCGGCGGCGAGCUCCGCGCAGGCGGCGGCGCCUCCUCCUGCGGCCGAAGGCGCUCCCCCAGCCGCGGCGUGACCCGACGAGCUCUCCCU